AUGUCUGACACCGAGGAUGCAAAUGAUUCCUACUGUAAUUUGGAUGACUUUACGGCUUGCCUACCCCAGGGUUGUGGACCUCAACGUGAUAUUAGUUUAGAAGCUGUAUGGUCUUUAUCUUCUUGUAAAGUCGGUGGGUAUUACUACUUCAUUUCUUAUCGUAUUUAGAGGGAUUCGGAAUAAAUCAACUCUUAGACGAGCGGACGACGUUGUUCUGGCAAAGCGAUGGACCUCAACCUCACACUAUUACCAUUGAAUUCCAGAAAUACACAGAGAUCUCCUUUUUACUAUUAUAUCUGGAUUAUAAAUCAGAUGAAUCCUACACUCCUCAAAAGUAAGACUGUCAUGGCAAAGUUAAUACUCUUGUAGAAUCCAAGUUUAUACUGGUCAUUCCAUUCUCGAUCUCGAGGACCCUCCAAAAAUUGUAACCUUCAAUGACCCAAUUGGAUGGCAGGUGGGAGAAAAAUUACGUCUUUUAUAAGCAGAUUUAGGCGAUUGAUUUGCGCCGAGACAACCAAAAGUUUGUUAGAGCAUUUGUGGUCCAAGUUCAGAUCUUACAGAACCAUCAAAAUGGCCGAGAUACCCACGUCAGAGCUUGUAAAGUUCUAGGACCUAUUCAAGAAGAGAUGAGUACGAGAAAAACAGUUACCAUUAAGGAACGAGACCUCAGGAAAGCCAUCCAAGAUGAUCUCAUUUUACUAGACCAUUGUAUUCGAUAG